AUGGUCAAUUUCUCGUUGGUUGUUGGCGCCCUGGCGCUGAUGGCAGGAACACGUGCGAUGUUCGUACCGCCAGAGCAGAACGCUUCUCCUGAGGCGCUUGUUUUCGUGAACGGGAUCCAAAAGCUAUGCAUGAACAACAGCAAUUCCGACGAUGCCUUCCCCCAGCUGAUGAACUCAUUCCAGGGCACCAUGAUGUGCGUGAUGACGAACUUCGACCCGCAGAGUUUCGUCAUGGACUUGAAUGGGCUGUCCAGCGAGACGCGGACGACAUUUUUCUCACAGUACUGCCCGCAGGUGAAGAGUGUCAGUUCGUGCCUGGACGGACCGCUGAACGCCGCCAAGACCUGCUUGCAGGAGCACGACUACAAACUCUUGAAGGCGGUGGUUGGCAUCUUCCCGGAUGCGGUUGAUCUGAUUUGCAAAAAUGAUGGCGAGCUGGUGUUCAAACUGAAGGACCCGAAGUACAAGGAAUGUCUCGACAAAAUCAAUGAAAACGUGAUGGAGUGUGCCGCACCGUUCGCUAGCCAAGCUCAGCAUUGGGAAGUGUCAAAGCUAACGAAGGCACAAUGCGGAACAAUCACUGAUCUGAGGCAGUGCCUUGUGCGUAAGCUCAACGCUUGCGAGGCCCCGGAUCUAAUCAACGUGUACGAUCUGUUCCACAACACGCUGUUCCGCAUGACUCCGUGCCGCAACUACGUGACGAAAGUGACCGAGAUUGAAAACAACACAGUCAACGAAAAUUAA